AUGUCGGGUGCUCGAAAAUUAGCCAAGAUACACCCAUUCUUCAGCAAGCCAAGCGCCAGCAGCUCUACAGCGCCCUCAUUCCAAUGGCUGAAACCUGCUCUAGGUCCAAAGCGCACGUGUCUCCACGGGAUCAAUCUGAUACCACAAAGCACGCCGAAAGUAGCUGCAUUCGACCUUGAUGGAACCGUGAUCAAGUCAAACCACAAAAAUCGAAGCAGAGAAGCUGCAUUGCACUGGGAGUGGUGGAGAGCUUGUGUACCCGUAAAGUUGGAGGAAUUACAUCAAGAAGGAUACUCAAUCAUAUUGGUAUCCAAUCAAGCGUUAAAGCAACAACGACUGGAGGACUGGAAGAAGAAGAUUCCCCUCAUCUCCGCUGCUCUUCCCAGUGUACCUUUCCGAAUAUUUGCUGCGUCUGCCAAAGACGGCUUCCGCAAGCCUAUGCCAGGGAUGUGGGACGAGCUUGAACGUAUUUUUGCAGUAGAUGGUAUUCAGAUAGGCGAGUCGCAUAGGAACUUUGGGUGCAUUGCGAAUAUCUUAUGCUCGUCGCUUUCAGAUAAAGAGGUUUCAUUCUUUGUUGGAGAUGCUGCUGGUCGUACCAACGAUUUUGCAUCAACUGAUAGGAAAUGGGCAUUUAACAUAGGCAUUUCCUUUUUUACCCCAGAAGAAUAUUUUCUCCAGCUACCCUCGGCACCGUAUACCCUUCCUUCUUUCCAUGUUUCUAGUCUCCCUAAGUUGCCGUUACUUGACCCCCCUAUUGCACAGAUAAUUCCUGAUACUGCAGGGACAGAGCUAGUCGUAUUUUCGGGCUUUCCAUGCCUCGGAAAAUCAUCCUUUUUUCGGAGGCAUUUUGCGCCUGCUGGGUACACCCACAUCAAUCAAGAUACAUUAGGCAGUCGUUCCAAAUGCGUGAAAGCGGCUGAAGUGGCACUCAAAGCCGGUACAAGCUGUGUAAUUGAUAAUACCAAUAGAGAUAUCGCGACUAGAAAGUAUUACCUGGAUCUUGCGAAGAAACUCGAGCUUCCUGUUCGGUGUAUUGUGUUCAUUGGUUCAAUCGAUCUAGCGUGGCACAACAACCUCUACCGUGCAUAUGUCCAUCCUUCAACAGAGUUGAGACGCGACAUCCUACCAUACUUUGCUUUCAUAGGUUUCAAGGACAACUACGAGGAGCCCCAAGUGAUGGAGGGUUUUUCAGAAAUAAUCAAGGUUAAUUGGGUGUUCGAAGGUUGCGAGGAGGAACGAAGAAGGUGGAGUAUGCGGCUUCAGAUUGACGGGAAAUGA